UAAACCCUAGACGCCCCCCAUUUAUUCUCCUUCCUCUCCAAAACCCUAAUCUCUCCCUCCCUCCUUCCUCCUCUCCAAAACCCUAUUCUCUCCCUCCCGCCUCUCUCUCUCCCUCUCUAUCUCUGGCUUUGAAUUUCGGAGGGUUGAGAUUGUAAGGCAAUCAAGUGCGUCAUCAUGGCAUUCUGCAGUCGAAUUGGAAGCCUUGUCAGGCAGAGCAUAUCUGGAAACGGUUUAGCAAAUGGACCAACCCCAGUGAUGUCUAUGCUUAAUGCCGUUCGCUGUAUCUCGUCAAAGCUUUUCAUCGGAGGCCUUUCAUAUGGGACUGAUGACCAAUCUCUUAGAGAUGCAUUUACCAGCUUUGGUGAUGUGGUUGAAGCAAAGGUUAUCACCGACAGAGACACUGGGAGGUCGAGGGGAUUUGGGUUUGUGAAUUUUGCCUGUGAUGAGUCUGCCACUAGUGCCUUAUCUAGCAUGGAUGGCCAGGAACUCAAUGGACGGAACAUUCGUGUGAGCUAUGCCAACGACAGACCUAGCAGCGGCUUCCGGGGUGGUUAUGGUGGUGGAGCUGGUGGGGCAGGUGAUUUUGGUGGGGAUUCUGGUAGAAGCUAUUAAGCAUGCACUGGGGCAGCCAAAGGUAUGCGUUUUUGACUGGUAUUUCCAUGUUUGGACAGCCAAUGCUCUCCCAGCUGUCAAAUGUGUGGAAUCACUUCAUUAGAUUUCUAUUUAUGCUUGCUUUCAUGAUUUCGAGUGUUGGACAAUCUGUUUAGAUGGUUAUAGACCCGUUCUAGUUUUUAUAGAGUGCUGAAGAUUAUAAGAUAUUCCUGCAA